AUGAGCUUGUGUGGUAUUUAUAGUCUUCAGUCUCCACGUCGCAGAAUUGCAAGCUGCAAUCUUCGCCGAGAUGGCAGGCAUAUUGUUCCCAUCAAUACACACCAGAAACCUCCCCAGGCUGAAAACUGUCUUCAGUCAAAAUGGAAGAUUAAUGGCAACAAUAUUAUGACGUGCAUUGGAGUCAUGACAGCGGCACACUUGGUUGCUCCAGUUGCUGCAAAAGCUGUAAGUAGGGAUAGCUAUGUUAGUGAUUCAGAAGUGGCUGCUUCUAUUUAUGCUUUGGCUGAUGGAAGCCUCAAUGACUGGUUUGGAGGCUUUCUAUUCUCAGCUGGACAACAGGCCAAUGAAGCUGUUCAGGGCCAACUAUCAUCUCUCAGUUUCACUAGUUUGGCUGUAAUUUAUGGGGCAGGGCUUGUAACCAGCCUCUCUCCCUGUACUCUUAGUGUCUUACCACUGACCCUUGGUUACAUUGGUGCAUUUGGCUCUGGCAAAAGCAGAGCAGAGGUUGUUGGAGAUUCCAUUGCAUUUUCCUUAGGUCUUGCAACCACAUUAGCACUGUUGGGUGUAGGAGCUUCAUUUGCAGGAAAAGCUUAUGGGCAGAUUGGCCAAGGAUUGCCUUUGGCUGCUUCUGGUUUGGCUAUAAUUAUGGGUUUGAACCUUCUCGAGAUCAUUGAAUUACGGCUCCCGUCAUUCUUUGACAGUUUUGAUCCACGUGCAGCAGCUGCCAAUUUUCCAUCCAGUGUGCAAGCAUACCUGGCUGGGCUUACAUUUGCAUUAGCUGCCUCACCUUGUAGUACACCUGUUCUGGCAACCCUUCUGGGAUAUGUUGCUGCAUCUAAGGAUCCUGUGAUUGGAGGCAGCUUACUCUUGACAUACACAACUGGCUAUGUUUCUCCCUUACUCUUGGCUGCUACUUUCGCUGGAGCAUUACAGAGCUUGCUUUCAUUUCGCCAGUUCUCAGCAUGGAUAAAUCCUAUAAGCGGAGCAAUGUUGUUAGGUGGUGGUGUAUAUACUUUCUUAGAUAGGCUGUUCCCAGCCACAAUGGUGAUGUAG